GAUUUUACACACGGAACGACACGCGCGCGCAACGCUAUCGUUCGGAACGUUCGAAAUCGUAAAGAAGUGAAGAAGAAAUAAUAAUAAUCGCAACGACGACACAUCAUCAUGACCGGUCGCGGUAAAGGAGGAAAGGGUCUGGGGAAAGGUGGAGCCAAGCGACACAGGAAAGUACUCCGUGAUAACAUCCAGGGUAUCACCAAACCGGCCAUACGUCGUCUGGCACGCAGAGGCGGCGUCAAACGUAUCUCCGGUCUGAUAUACGAAGAGACCAGAGGCGUUCUCAAAGUAUUCCUAGAGAACGUCAUCCGCGACGCCGUCACGUACACCGAGCACGCGAAGAGGAAGACCGUCACAGCCAUGGACGUCGUGUACGCCCUGAAGCGACAGGGACGCACCCUAUACGGUUUCGGCGGUUAAACGUUCGGCGUGUCUAUACGUAUAUAACCGGCUCCCGACUACGUGAUAUAAAGCAGAAGAGGAACAACAACAACACCACACCAACACCAACACCAACACCAACACCAACACCAACACCGACACCGACAACAUCAUCAUGACGAUAUCAUCUCAUCGUCACGAAGAAUAAACUGAAGAAAUGUCGUCUUGUCAAUAUAUAUACAU